AUACGCGGUGAGACUUGAUGCUAGAUCUGGAGACGACGCUCCACCACACCGACCUUUGCUCGUAGCGUGACGUUCGUGGGCGCGAUCAACGGCCUUUGCCCUAUCUGUUGACUCGCAUCCUGGCAUUUCUAUGUGGGAGCCGCGUUCAAUCUUCACAGGUACUAACACGACAUCGACGCCUCACGACACCACGCCCGAACAGCGUAGACUGAACAUCGCCAGCCAUCACGAGCCUCUCGCUACCACGCCCGGCACUCUAGAGUCGCCCAUAGUCCUUGAUACACCAGCCAAUCUCCCCGUACUACAGCCCCCAUGGACGCCCAAGUCGCCACUUGACCAUCGCGACUGGAAUCAACCCCCGGCUUCUGCGCCGCUGCAGAGCAGUCGACGACACAGUGGGAAGCAGCAGCCUGUGCGGACACCACCGGCUGUCGUUGGCAUCAAGCGCCCCCCUCCCUUCAGUGACUUCGCCUCCGCGUCUGCGUCGUCUACGCACCCACCAGCGCCCGCCAGCGAGCCCUUGCACAAGCGCCGAAAAGCGCACCCGCGUUCGCGAUACUCCCUCGACCACUUCAGCUUCCCCAAGAGCGCCUACUUUCGCCCGGACGGCCAACCGCCCUCGCCCCUCUUCUUUUCUUCGCGAAACAACCGACCACAACUGCCCGCACGCUUCUCGAGUAGCGAGGCAGCAGCAAGGAUGCUCAGCAAAACGCGCGAGGACAGUGGCAUCAAGACCGUCACACUCGCAAGGGGAACAUUUAGCGGUCUCAGCCCCCCAGGGCCACCAGGGGCUGCCAGUGGGCGCACUUCAGAGCGUUCAAGCGUGGCGCCUACAGCAUCGCCUGAUUCGCGCGACAAGAGUGAUCCGUUGCGCAUACUCGGCUCCGUUGGCAUAGUCGAACUGCUCGAGCAAGAUGAGCGGCCAACUUUCAUCGUUGAUACGGGCGAUUUCGCAAAUUACAUGCCCGAAUCUUCCCGGUUGCAGAUACUCUUCUCCAACAAUGCCCUUCGAUCUAACCCGUCCACCUGGGAGCUGGUAGCUGGAAGGCCGACUGGUUCUCCGUCUGAUGAUGAUACGGCGCAUGCGACACAACAAUUUCGAGGCUGGUUGCUUAGCACUGGGGUCCAGGCCGAUUCUUCCGAAGUGAACCCUUCUCCUGUAGAACAUGGUGGCAUUGUGUGGACAUGUUACACCCUUCGAAAACGGCUGCGCGUCGUCUCUGGUUCCAUCUCCGCUCCUGCCAUCGUUUUGCCUGCUUUGGAUGGACCCAACGAUUUUGCUAUACCUUCGACCUCGUCCGCAGGUCUCGGUUCGGGGACCAACGGUGAUACCACUUCAUCUUCCGCUGAUCAGGGUGAAGCACAAGAUUAUUUUGGCAGCACUAUUCCUAGUGUUCCCCAGGGGGCCCAGGGUGAACCGACUCCUCCCAUCUCUGCACCCCAACCUAAGCCGAUUCAAAAGAAAUUCGUCAACCAGGGCAAUGGCAUGAUCCCAAAGCCAUCUCAAAUAGACAUAUCGUCAGCGGAAGAAUCCUCUUCCUUUGCGAACGAGUGCGUAUUGCGAGCUCACACUGCAGGCGAUGUUGACCCGUUCCAUAGAGAAACUAACGCCCAUCGGGAUGAUCACCACGACAUGGGCUUCUUCGACUGGACCAGACUGGCAAUGUCGCCCUCCCUUCCCAGACACAUUCAGUUUGCGCGCUCAAUUGAUUGGGCGAGCACACCUUUAGGUCCAAUCGAGUACUGGUCUAAUGACCUUCGCGCUAUGUGCAAUCUUAUAAUGGCGAGCCCCCACCCAGCUGCUAUGUACUGGGGAGAAGAACUCGUUGCUAUUUACAACGAAGCCUAUAUUGGACUCGCAGGGCAAAAACACCCCGCUCUUAUGGGACAGAGUUACAAAGUGGCUUGGGCGGAGAUAUGGGACGAUGUCAAGGGAGUAUUUGCCAAUGCACGUCUUACCGGGCAAGCGACAAUGAAGGACGACGAUUGCCUGUUUAUGAAACGCAACGGGUUCCUCGAAGAAACAUACUUUUCGUGGUCCAUCAUCCCCAUGGUCGGCCAAGACGGUACGGUCAUGGGUCUCUACAACCCCGCUUUCGAGAAGACACGCCGCAAAAUUGCAGAAAGACGCAUGCUCACGCUCCGCGAAGUUGGCGAACGGACUGCCACCGCUCGGGAGGUCAAGGGCUUCUGGGAUCAGGUGUUAAUAGCACUGACCGAGAACGAGUUCGAUACCCCGGUAGUAAUGCUCUACAGCGUAAACGAUGAGAAUGAUAGUGACUCGUCUUCUAUACAAUCCAGCAGCUUGCUAGGUUCGAAACAGUGUUUCCUCGAAGGCUCUUUAGGCGUCCCAGCUGGCCAUCAAGCUGCUCCUGAGCAGAUUGACUUGAAGGAAGGGCAAGAGGGCUUUGGUCCCGUCUUCCGGGAAGUAAUGAAGACUGACAAGCCCGUGGUUGUUAGCAUCGGAUCAGGCGAUCUACCGCAUGCCAUGAUGGACGGGCUGGACUGGCGAGGUUUUGGCGACCCCUGCAGAGACGUCGUCAUAUGCCCAAUUCAUCCUACGACAGGCGAAAACAUACUUGGCUUCUUGGUCAUGGGCAUCAAUCCGCGGAGACCCUACGACGACGAUUACAACCUUUUUGUCCAAUUAUUGAGCCGCCAGUUAGCCACUUCUCUGGCUUCCGUCGUUCUUUUCGAGGAGGAAAUUCGAAGAGGACAGAGAGCAGCACGCCUCGCAGCAGAAGAUCGUUACAACCUUUCAACCCAACUUGCUGCACGCACACAGGAAGCCAGGGAGAGCGAGACGAGAUUUACGCGAAUGGCGGAGCUGUCUCCUGCAGGUCUCUUCAUCGCUGAUCACGUCGGAAAGAUAACUUACUGCAACGAUACAUGGUACGAGAUCUCGCGAGUACCAAGAGAGCCAGAGAUGACGGACAGGUGGAUCGACUACGUCAAGGACGAGGAUCAAGGCCUCAUCCUUGCGCAUUGGAAGGAAUUAGUCAACGACACUACGCCUAUCAACAUCGAGUUUCGCUUUAAAGCACCUUGGGAGGACCGAAACCGCAACAAAAGUGAGACCUGGGUCCUGUUCCAGGCCUAUCCAGAGAAGGAUGACGAUGGGCAACUCAAGAGCGUUUUUGGAAGCAUCACGAACAUCUCACCUCAAAAGUGGGCCGAAGGCUUCCAAAAGCGGAAGAUGGAGGAAGCUGUCGAACUCAAGCGACAACAGGAGAACUUCAUUGACAUAACAUCGCACGAGAUGAGAAAUCCUUUAUCUGCUAUUCUGCAGUGUGCCGAUGAGAUUAGCACCAUCUUAGGCGACUUCAGAGCUUCAGGUUCCAAUGUCAUCGAGGAAGGCAUUGUUGCCGAUUCGAUUGAUGCGGCACAAACAAUCGCCUUAUGCGCACAGCAUCAAAAGCGUAUCGUCGACGACGUUUUGACGUUAUCAAAGCUCGACAGCGCAAUGCUCAUGGUGACACCAGUGGACGCUCAACCCUUACAAGUGGUGCAACGUGCGCUGAAGAUGUUCGAAGGAGAGGUGCAAACAGCUGGCAUUCAGAUGGAGUUCGUCCUGACCGACUCAUUCACCAAGCUCGGUGUUGAUUGGGUGAAGAUUGACCCCUCACGAGUGCUUCAGGUACUCAUCAAUCUUACCACCAACGCGAUCAAAUUUACGACCACCGAGGAGACCAGAACCAUCAAGGUCGUUCUAUCAGCAUCGCGAGUACGUCCAUCGGCAAGCGAACAUCCUACCGUUAGCUAUUUUCCCAUGCGAGCCAAGAGGACCGACCAAACUUUUGGACCUGACUGGGGUGAUGGUGAAGAGAUCUUCUUGGAAUUUGCAGUACGGGAUACUGGCCGGGGCCUUACGCCGGAGGAGAAGAAGCUCCUUUUCCAACGCUUUUCUCAGGCAAGUCCACGGACACACGUCCAGUACGGCGGAUCUGGCCUCGGCCUGUUCAUCUCCCGCGAGUUGACAGAGUUACAAGGUGGAGAGAUUGGCGUCUCUUCCGAAGCAGGCAAAGGCAGUACAUUCGCGUUUUACGUCAAGUGUCGGAGGAGCAGCGAGCCACAAGAAGCCUUGGAAGUCCUUCCAACUCCAUCAAUGUCCAGGAAGGUGUCGAAUGCGAAGGAUAAGGGCAGAAAGGAGCUACCUCUUCCGUCGAAGAUCGCAACCAAAAUCAAGGAUUUUGCUGCUGUGCCUGGCAAGGAUAGCGUUGGUCCAAAGGCCAAGCCAAAGAAGAGGGAACUCAAAGUACUAAUCGUGGAGGACAAUCUUGUAAACCAAAAAGUCCUUCAGCGCCAGCUCCAAAACCACGGCAUCCAAACGACCGUCGCAAACCAUGGCGGUGAAGCACUUGAAGCGCUCAAGUCUUCUACUUACUGGGCCUCACCCAAUCAGUCUCCCCUGGAGGACAUAUCAGUCGUGCUAAUGGACAAAGAGAUGCCAGUCAUGGACGGUUUACAAUGCACCUCGCAAAUUCGUGCUCUUGAACAACAGGGCAAGUUCAAGAGGCAUGUUCCUAUCAUCGCGGUUACGGCAAAUGCGCGCAGUGAACAGAUCGCGACAUUGCUCGCUGCAGGCAUGGAUGAUGUUGUCAGCAAGCCGUUCAGGAUCGGUGAGCUAAUACCUAAGAUCGAAGAGCUAGCAAGCAAGUUCGGAAGCAAAAGAUUGCCGGACGAAGCUUCACUCAACGUGCCCGCUGGGCCGAGUGAACAGCCCUACGGCGUAUGAAAGACAUGCGUUACGACUCAGCGUACUUGGAUGACAAAAGUAUUUUUUGGGUAUACGUCUACGACGAUGGUUACGGUGAUGCUCACGCAUACAAGAGCUGGGCUCGACGGUGUUACGGAGUCUUCACAUGGUGCAUUGUCCCUAGCAUGCAUAUCGGCAUUUGAUAUGGGUUGUUAUUUAAUACGGGUUUUGGUCCCUCGGUAAUAGUUAUGC